AAUUUUCAAUUGCAAAACCCUAACCCUAUCGCUCCGUUCACAACACCGCACCUUCAAUCUAGGGUUCCGGUCUCAGCCACCAAACCAUGGCGUCGCUACAGUCGCCGGGGAAAAUCCACCGCUUGGAGAUGGAGAAUUUCAAGUCGUACAAGGGCUUCCAACUGAUCGGUCCCUUCCACAACUUCACCGCCAUCAUCGGCCCCAACGGCGCCGGAAAAUCGAACCUCAUGGACGCCAUAAGCUUCGUGCUCGGCGUCAGGACCAGCCACCUCCGCGGCGCGCAACUCCAGGACCUUAUCUACGCCUUCGACGACCGUGAGAAGGAACAGACCGGACGCAAAGCCUUCGUCCGCUUGGUCUACCGGCUUGCAGACAACAACACCGAGAUCCAAUUCACCCGAACCAUCACCUCCGCCGCUGCAAGCGAGUACCGCAUCGACGGCAACGUAGUCACUUUGGACAUCUACAACGCCAGGCUCAAAUCGCUUGGUAUUCUUGUGAAGGCUCGCAAUUUCUUGGUGUUUCAGGGCGAUGUUGAAUCGAUUGCGUCGAAGAAUCCGAAGGAGCUUACUGGCCUAAUUGAGCAGAUUUCUGGCUCUGACGAGCACAGGAGGGAGUAUGAGCAGUUUGAAGAAGAAAAAACCGCUGCUGAGGAGAAAUUGGCACUCGCUUACCAGAAGAAGAAGACGGUGGUUAUGGAGAGGAAGCAGAAGAAAGAACAGAAGGAAGAGGCAGAGAAACAUCUUCGCCUGCAGGCGGAGCUGAAAUCGUUGAAGAAGGAGCAUUUCCUGUGGCAGUUGUUGAAUGUAGAGAAUGAUAUCAAGAAAACAACUGAGGAUCUUGCAGAUGAGAGGAAUAGUCGUGAAGGCGUUAAGGAAGAACUGGUGAAUUUGAAGAAUGAAGCUAGGAAGAAGGAGAAGGAGCAGGCUAAGUAUCUGAAAGAGAUUGCGCUAGGCGAAAAGAAAAUUGCUGAGAGAAGCAACAAACUUGACAAGAGUCAAGCUGGGCUUCUGAAGAUGAAGGAGGAAAUGAUUCGUAUAGAUUCGAAGAUUAAGAAGGGGAAGAAGGAACUUGAUAAGAAAAGGGAAGAUCGGAGGAGGCGUGCUGCUGAUAUAGAGGAGCUACAAAGGGGCAUCCGGGAUCUUACUGCGAAAAUGGCGGACUUAGAGGAAAAGAGCCGAGGUGUUGGUGGUCAGGUUAAGUUAGAUGGCGGUGACUUGAAAGAAUAUUUUAGAGUUAAGGAGGAAGCUGGGAUGAAAACUGCAAAGCUUAGGGAGGAAAAAGAGCUUUUAGAUAGGCAGCAACAUGCUGAUACUGAAGCUCAAAAGAAUUUGGAAGAAAAUCUUCAACAGUUGCGAAGCCGGGAGUCUGAAUUGAAUUCACAGGAAGAACAGACGCGGGCAAGGCUUAAAGAAAUUCUUGGUAGUUCUGCAGUAAAUAAGGAUGGCCUUGCAAACUUGAAGAAAGAACUGCGUGUGAUGCAGGACAAACAUCGCAAUUCCAAGGCAAAGUACGAAAAUUUGAAGAUGCAGAUUGGCGAAUUAGAAAAUCAACUACGGGAACUAAAGGCUGACAGAAAUGAAAAUGAGAGAAGUGCUAAACUAUCUCAGGCUGUGGAGACUCUGAAGCGCCUGUUUCAAGGAGUCCAUGGUCGCAUGACUGAACUUUGUAGGCCAACACAGAAGAAGUAUAACCUAGCUGUUACUGUUGCUAUGGGUAAAUUUAUGGAUGCAGUUGUAGUUGAGGAUGAAAAGACUGGGAAGGAAUGCAUCAAGUAUUUAAAGGAUCAGAGGCUUCCCCCGCAGACAUUUAUUCCUCUGCAAUCUGUUCGUGUGAAGCCAAUAAUGGAAAGAUUGCGCACAUUAGGGGGUACAGCAAAACUGGUUUUUGAUGUGAUUCAGUUUGAUCCCUCCAUGGAGAAGGCAAUUCUCUUUGCUGUUGGGAAUACUCUUGUUUGUGAUGAUCUUAUGGAGGCCAAAGUUUUAUGCUGGGAUGGUGAGGGGUUCAGAGUUGUAACUUUGGAUGGAAUUCUGCUUACAAAAUCCGGCACAAUGACUGGUGGCACUAGUGGUGGAAUGGAAGCGAGGUCAAAACAGUGGGAUGACAAGAAAAUUGAAGGACUUAAACAAAAGAAAGUGCAGUAUGAAUCAGAGUUGGAAGAGCUAGGAUUAAUCAGAGAUAUGCACCUUAAAGAGUCCGAAGCAUCUGGAAAAAUUAGUGGAUUGGAAAAGAAAAUUCAAUAUGCUGAGAUUGAAAAGCGAAGCAUUAGUGACAAACUUUCAAAUUUGAACCAAGAAAAAGAGACCAUGAAAGAAAUGAUUGAAAGUAUGACGCCAGAUCUUCACAAGUUAAAUGGUGCUGUUGACAAAAGGAAUGCAGAAUUACGUAAGCUCGAGAAGAAGAUAAAUGAGAUCACUGAUCAGAUUUUCGAAGACUUUAGCAAGUCAGUUGGGGUUGCAAACAUCCGUGAGUAUGAAGAAAAUCAACUCAAGGAUGCUCAAAAUGUAGCAGAUGAGAGGCUGAACCUGAAUAGCCAACUUUCAAAAUUAAAAUAUCAGUUGGAGUAUGAGCAAAAUAGGGACAUGAGUUCACAAAUUCAAGAACUGGAAUCUUCUCUAAGUGCUUUAGAGAAUGACUUGAAACUGGUACAGAACAAAGAGGCUGAAGCAAAGUUAGCAGCUGAGAAUGCUACUGAAAAUAUUAACCAGCUUAAGGGUGAAGUUGAAGAGUGGAGAUCAAAGUCAGAGGACUGCGAAAAGGAAAUCCAAGAGUGGAACAAGAAGGUUUCUGCAGCAACAACAAACAUAUCCAAGCUUAAUGGUCUGAUAAUUUCCAAGGAGGCACAGAUUGAGCAGUUGAUGGCGCAAAAGCAGGAAACAUUAGACAAGUGUGAACUGGAACAGAUUAGUGUUCCUCCGGUCAUUUCAGAUCCUAUGGAUCAACGCAGCAGGCCACUGAAAGAUAGGAAUAAAAUUGAGGCAGAAUUUAAGGAAAAAAUCAGUACGUUAAUAUCUGAGAUUGAAAGAACAGCACCAAAUUUGAAGGCAUUGGAGCAAUAUGAGGUUCUGCUAGAAAAAGAAAGAGGUGUAAUUGAAGAAUUUGAAGCUGUCAGGAAAGACGAGAAGGAAAAAACGAAUAAAUUCAAUGCAGUUAAAGAGAGGAGGUAUGAGUUGUUCAUGGAUGCUUUCAACCAUAUAUCUGGUAAUAUAGAUAAAAUUUACAAACAGCUUACAAAGAGCCACACACAUCCUAUGGGUGGAACAGCAUACCUGAAUUUGGAAAAUGAAGAUGAUCCAUUUCUACAUGGCAUCAAGUACACUGCUAUGCCCCCAACAAAGCGCUUUCGCGAUAUGGAUCAGCUAUCUGGUGGGGAAAAGACUGUUGCUGCCCUUGCGUUGCUAUUCUCCAUCCACAGUUAUAGGCCAUCGCCGUUUUUUAUAUUGGAUGAAGUCGAUGCUGCAUUGGACAACUUGAAUGUUGCUAAGUUUGCUGGAUUUAUUCGUUCAAAAUCUUGUGAUGAUGGAAAUGGUUUUCAAAGUAUCGUGAUAUCACAGAAAGAGAAGUUUUUUGACAAUGCUGAUGCGCUAGUUGGAGUUUGCAGGGAUUCUACAAGAGGCUGUUCAGGAACUGUCACAUUUGAUCUAAGUGGACGUUAGGAGUCCUAAAUCUCAUCCACUGGGUGCAGUUGAUACUAUGUACAGAGCUUGGUUGCAUUUUUAUUUCUUGUUUAAGGGAGUCCUAAUAUUACUUUUUUUGCAAUUUUUUAUUUUAUUUAUCAUUUUAAAAUAAUUAGAGCUUCUUUUCCUAGCCAUGUCAUGAAGAAAAAUGAUACAUAUACAGUUUUCAUUAUAAUGUAGGAAUGUUUUUGUAUGAGAACAACACUGCAAGCAUCCUUAGGACUUUAUGUAGUUUUUGUUUUGUUUAUCAUUACAUAAUCUGAAGUUUGGCUUUACCGGGCUGAUGCAUUCAUUGUACAACUGCUCACUCUUUAGAUGCAUGAUGUCCUUUUAAUUUCUGAGGAGCUUGCUGUACUGGGGAGUAAAGCUCCACUCUGAUGUAGUUGAGUUGAUUAGGUUUUCAAUUUAUGUAGUGUUUUUAUAGCCAAAGAUAUCAUUGUCUUUAUGACAUUUUUAAGAUUUGAUUAUCAAUACACUCCAGGGCUGCGAAAAGUUAUGUUAGAAAAAAAAUUGGAGUGCUUGGUUUAGUAGUUGAAAGAUACCAUGAGUUAUAAUUGUCGAGUUGUCACUACUGUUUCCCUUUAUUGUUUAAGGUGGGAGAAGCUGUGAAGAUCAUACUUGUGAGACCAUAUAAUUUAUAAACUCAAGCUCUUAUGUUGCACCAAUGCCUUAAAAUGUAUGUCAUGUAUUAUCUGUUUUUUCGGAUUUAAGUGGAAUUGUCCGUACAACCUGGAGCUUGUCUUUCAGUCAUUUUACCAGCGUUGGAAUAAAAAGGAAAGAAAUUUUGAUUUCUGUAAUAUAUAUCAGCAUGUUUGGUUGUUGCGUAAUGUGGGAAUCUUCAGAAGGACAGAAACUCUUCCUGACUUUGGGUUUUGUUUUCGGAUUCAGUGUGGCAAUCUGUUUUGGUUGUUGUGGGGCAAAUGCUUGGUGAUUUAAAGGCUCUAUUUUGUUUAUUUAUUAUGAUUGCGUUUUGUUUUGGCGGUUGUGUCGUGAAUUAUAUGGUUUUUGUUUGCUUUUCUGAUCUUCUUGUAAACCAUGUUGUACAGUUGUACUUACCGAACUUGGUGAAUUUAUGUGUGUAGUCAGUCUGCACAACCAUGUAUUUAUAUCAUGUAAAGCAUAGAAUACAAUGAAUGUAAUGCUAAAUCAAAGCCCCUACGUCAGUAACCGUUAUGCUAGUUAGCUAAUAUUUACAUAUUUGUUUCUAACACUUCCCCUCAAGCUAUAAUUUGUUUGUCAUUGGUAGGAACAGACACAAGCUAGAAUAUGUAUGUCCUUGGUAGGAACAGACACUAAAGAAGUAAGAAAGACUGUUUGGUGAAGAAAAACUGUUGAUACUUCUGGAUAUUUGAGAGAUAUAGAUCUUUCCGGCUUUCCCAAGUUCUGUAUUACAAUGAUCACAAUGAUGAAGUCACUUUCCAUUUCUAUGUUAUAUGUAGCACUUCCUCUCUCACUCUUAACUAACAUCCUAAACUAGGCCGAAGAGGCAUCAAACCCAGUGCCAUAUGCAGACAUGUUGAGGUAGAGGUGAGUGAGAACGAGGUGUAGGUCUAGGAUAGGCUGUGGUGUGGGUGGUUGGAAAAGUAGCUCACACGCCCAGACGUGGCGGUGCAUGUCAGAAACGUGCACAAAAAGGAUGCACGCGUGGCGGCACGUGCAGUGGCAGCCCAGUGGGUGUCAUCAGGGUAUCUGGCACGGUUGAUGGUGGCCUAUGGUGGAGACAUAUGCCAGAGAAGUGUCAUCUGGUGGAGGCAUGGCUGCUGUCUUUAACAAUCAGGGCACAUAAACUGGAAAUUAGAGGGGCCACUAGGGGGAAAAAGGAAAGGUGGUAAAAUUGAAUCUUUAGAAUACUGAUACCACAUAGAAUUUGGUCAUUUUGUGUGACUAACCAGCCUACAGAUUCAUGUACUUAUAUUUACAGCAUUGAACAAUUGUGAUGCUAAAUAAAAACCUUACAAACCAGUAACAGUUAUUCAAUUAGUUAAGAAUCUGAAAUGGAUACUAAUAUUUUCGUAUUUGAUAAUUUUGGGAUCUGGACUAUAUUUAUUGACAUGUUAUUUGUUUUUAUUUUAAAUGAGAGUUUUGUUCAUUAAAUGUAUAGACUUUUUGUAGAUAUAAACAGGACAUUGAUAAUCUUAUAGAAAACUUUUUGUUGAUGCAGUGGAGUUUGCGGUUGAUGGCUCUAUCAAUGGCGAGACAUCCGGAAAUGCUGCUAUUGGUGAGGUCAGCAGAAUAGCUGUUGAAAACAGAGCUGGAGGAAGUUCUGCUGAACCUUACAAACAAGAUCAAGAUGAUAAUGUGACUCGAGAUUCUUCUGGAGGAGAAACUAUACCAUCAGCAGUUCCUGCCGUAUCACUUGCAUCUGUUGAUGAGCCCUAUGUGGGUCUGGAGUUUGAUUCGGAAGCAGCAGCACAUGCAUUUUAUAAUGCAUAUGCCACUCAAGUUGGAUUCAUCAUACGCGUAAGUAAACUCUCACGAUCAAGGCGUGAUGGAACUGUUAUUGGACGGGCUCUAGUUUGCAACAAAGAGGGUUACAGAAUGCCUGACAAGCGUGAAAAGAUUGUAAGGCAAAGGGCAGAGACAAGGGUUGGUUGCCGGGCAAUGAUCUUGGUGAGGAAAGUUAGUUCUGGUAAAUGGGUUGUUACAAAGUUUGUAAAGGAGCACACACAUCCUCUGAGUCCUGGAAAAGGUAGAAGGGAUUGCGUAUAUGAACAAUAUCCGAAUGAGCACGAUAAAAUUCGGGAACUUUCUCAGCAGUUGGCAAUAGAGAAGAAGCGUUCUGCAACUUAUAAAAGACAUCUUGAAUUGAUAUUUGAUUACAUUGAUGAGCACAAUGAGAGCCUUUCAAAGAAAAUACAGCACAUUGUAGACUGUGUGAAGGACAUGGAAACCAAAGAAGAGCAAAGUCACUGAUAGGUUGAGCUUUCAAUUAUCUUAUCAUUUUCCACUGCAUGAAAUAUGGAAUCAAACUAUCAGUGUCCAAAAGUGCUGUGAGAUGAAGCAUGCAAUGAUAUCUGAGAACUGCUGACCUUUGGGUAUCUGCUUUGUUCCUCUUCUUCAUGGUAGAGUUUGAUACAAUGGAAUUCAUUGUAUUGAUUUUUAUGCUGUAGUAUUUUUCAGUUGGUUGAAGAAAUUAGUUCAGUGAAUGUAUAGGUCCUUUUUUAGUCCAUUCUUGUGAAGUCUUAGCUAACAAUAUGAUAAAUCAUAACAGGCAUUCAGAUGCCUUGAUAGACUUUAAUUAUUCGGUUGUUGACUCUGAUCCAGGGCUGUCUCCUGUGUAUAGAUUCAAAUAAUGACUAGUAAGUAGCCUGUGCAAUGCAAAGGUUUUUUCUUUUCAAA